AUGCAAAAGCCGUUUCGAAAUACUACGACUACUUGUCUAUUAAUGCUUCUAUCUAUCACCGGUAUUCCACGAAUACGCGGCCAGCUGCUGAGCGGAUGUCUCGAUGGCGAGACGCAACACUACGAUGGGGAAAGAUGGAUUCAUAGCGGCAAUUUUCUUGUGGUUUGCAGCGAGGGCAAAAUUAAGGUACUAAAAUGCAUGACGGACGCGGGUACGGUACUUGAAGUUGGGACAGAAGGACUUGUGGAAGAUGGGGUCACAUAUUCAUGCGUCGACGAACCGGACGAGCCGAUGCACGACGAGGGCAGCGGCCUGGAUCCGGAGCUUGGUGUACAUUGCCAGGAUGAGAAUGACAUGGUCGUCGACCACUUUUGGAUUUGUUGCGUGGGAAAGAAGCUCAAAGGCUGCGCCGACGAUCGUGGAAACACACAAAAAGCCGGACAUUUCGUCGUGGGACAGGGGCUGUUAAAGUACUGUAACAUACACCCGUCAGGGCUACGCGGCCGUAUCGAGCCGAAAGGUUGCUUUAACGGCACGGAAUACGACGAUCCGGACGACGAGCAGUUUCACGCCAAGAAAUACGCCAUCUGGAGGCAGGGCGAUGUCGAUUUGAGAUGCGGCGACCAGGGGAUCGUCGUCUACAGGUGCUACGUCGACGGCAAGCAGUUGUACUUUGGAGCCGCGUGGAUGGAUAGCCAUGGAGCGUUUCAUAUUUGUAAA